AUGUACAUGAUUGCUGUUCCUCUCCUCAUCGCUUACGGAGCAUACUCCUUGAAAUACGAAAGUCACAAAUCUUGGUACUCCUUUGUAAUCGCAACUCUCGUCGGAUCCGUCUACGCGUACGGUUUCUUGAUGAUGGUCCCUUCAUUAUACAUCAACUAUCGUCUCAAGAGUGUUGCACACAUGCCAGGUAGAGCUAUGAUGUACAAGUUCUUGAAUACCUUCAUCGAUGACCUUUUUGCAUUCACAAUUAAGAUGCCAACUUUACAUCGCUUGGCGACACUCAGAGAUGACGUUAUCUUCUUCGUUUAUCUUUACCAGAGCUGGAAGUACAAGGUUGACUACACAAGAGUCAAUGAGUUUGGACAAGGCGGUGAUGAUGAAGAGGUUGAAGAAAAAAUCGCCAACAAACCUUUGAAGAGUGUUCCGGGCGCAGAUGCAAGCGCCAAGGCGGGAAUUGAAGGUGCUAAGGUAGCUGAAAAGAAGGCAGAUGAAGUUGUUGGUAAGGCCACGGGAAGCUCUAAGAAAGGCGGAGCAACGAAGAGGAAGUGA